CCCUCUGCAGAGCCCUCCUGCCUUCCAGCUGACCCCAGCAUGGCCAGCAGCAAGGCCAAAAACUCCUCUGUGCCCCCAAAACAUCUCAGGCUCUGUAGCCACCAGGACCCUCCCUCUGCCCUCUCAGCAGAGCCUCAGACCCCAUGGCGGCUAUUUACAGAAUGCGAUACAGAGGGAAAAGGGCUCAGAUUUCGGAAACAAAAGAUUUUCCAGAGCCUCCCCGCUUGAGCCUCACUAGGGAAGGGGAAAAGCAGCAACCCCAGGGAUUGCCACAACCCGUCGAUCUCCAGCUGAGGACGCUCCCCACGACAACCCCGCACCCCGCCCCGCCGCCAUCUUCUCUUCCGCCGGCUCCGACACCACCGCCCCCGCUGCAUUCCUGGCAGACCAGCGGCACUCCCAGGCGGACCCGGCGGAGCAGGUCAAGAUCCUUAAAUAUAUUGCCGAAAGGAAAGAGAAUGGGACCAGAAAGUGCUGCCAAGGAAGCAGUCCUCAUUACUGGAGGAGGUGGUUAUUUGGGCUACCGUUUAGGUUGUGCCAUGCACCGAAAGGGAGUUGAUGUGAUUCUCUUUGAUGUUGUGAAGCCACUUCAAACGGUGCCAGAGGGAAUAAAGUUUAUGCAAGGAGAUGUCUGCUGCCUGUCUGAAGUGGAAGAGGCAUUUAGAGAUGUAAUCUGUGUAUUCCAUAUCGCUUCCUAUGGAAUGUCUGGCAGGGAGCAGCUGAACAGAAAACUUAUAGAAGAUGUUAAUGUGAAAGGAACAGAAAAUGUCAUCCAAGCCUGCAAGAGCACAGGGGUGUCAAGUCUGGUUUAUACAAGUACAUACAAUGUGAUAUUUGGAGGCCAGAUUAUAGAAAAUGGGGAUGAGUCUCUGCCUUACCUACCUCUUCACCUUCAUCCAGAUCACUACUCCCGCACCAAAUCAGUGGCUGAAAUGAAGGUGUUGGAGGCAAAUGGUACUGAGCUUGGAAAUGGGAAAGGUGUUUUAAGGACUUGUGCUCUCCGACCAGCAGGCAUUUACGGGCCUGGAGAACAGAGACAUCUUCCAAGAAUUGUUAGUUACAUUGAAAGGGGACUGUUUAAAUUUGUGUAUGGAGAUCCCCUUAGUUUAGUAGAAUUUGUACACGUUGACAAUCUAGUCCAGGCUCACAUCCUUGCCUCUGAGGCCCUCAAAGCCAACAAACAGCACAUAGCUGCAGGCCAUGCCUAUUUUAUCUCAGAUGGCAGGCCUGUAAAUAACUUUGAAUUUUUCCGACCAUUAGUGGAAGGUUUGGGUUACAAGUUCCCAACCUGUCGUCUGCCACUCUCCCUUGUCUAUUUUUUUGCAUUCCUUACUGAAAUAGUUCAUUUUCUUGUAGGUCACAUUUAUAAUUUUCAGCCUCUUCUCACUCGCACAGAGGUUUACAAAACUGGUGUCACACAUUAUUUUAGCAUGGAGAAAGCCAGAAAGGAGCUGGGGUAUGAGCCUCAGCAGUACAGCCUGAAUGAAGUGGUUGAGUGGUUUAGAUCCCAGGGAUGUGGAGCAAAGCCAAGGAAGUACACUGGAAUGCAGCUUGUGAGGGAUGGAGGAGUGCUCUUGCUGCUGAUUGCUGUCAUGGUCUCCUGGUUUCCAUCUGCAGUUACAUUUUCACUGUGAAAGAUGAAACACUGGGUAUGGAGGAGAGAAUUCAGUUACUUUCUCUGAACACUCCUGGAUUUGAUGGACAGCUACCAAAAGAAAGACCCAAGCAAAUACAAUACCCAAGAAGUUUCCUCUUCAGAAUAAAAUUGAUCAGAUCACUAGCAAGAUGAAGUGUAGUAUUACUGCAAACAGCAUUUUAUUUUCAGGUACAACAGCAUACUAGAGUCAAUGGAACAUGUGUCCUAAGACUCACCCGUCUUCCUCCCUGAUGGAAUUAUGCUCUUGAUCCUGUACUUCAUUCCUAAAAAGUUUGUGCUACAUGAUGCAGAGGACAAUUAGCUUUUUCUUUGAUCACAUUCCAAAAUAAAACUCUGCUUUCCAGCUUGGAUGUUUAUAUGCCUAGCCAAGAUUAACUGAUAAACUGUUAGAUAAUAAAUAAAUUGUAA